AUGGUGCCGGAGUGGAUCGAUGCCAUCUGUUUUCGUGGCCAGCUCCGCUCACGAUUGCAGGCUCCGGAUGGUGCGGCGCUGUGCUUGCACACGCUUGCCUCCAACUUGGCCCCGGGAGCCGGCCGCGCAGGGUCGCUGUGCACCAGCUCGCCCCCCAGCGGGGAUGCCCCGAGAGAGCCCGCCGCUGGCGAGGGUGCGACGGAGGCCGGGGGCGGCGCCGAGGAGCCUGGCCAGCCGCAGCCAGUGGAGACCGCCCCCGAGGCUGCGCCCGUCGUCCCGCUGCUCACGGCGGCGGCCGUCGCCGCGGCCGCCACCGAGGUCUCGUCGGCAGCGGCGGUGAGGUUCGCGCUGGUGCUGCGCGACGAGGACGGCUCCGCCUCGGUCAAGCGCUUCGUGCUGCACCCUGGGGCCGCGGUGCGGGUCGGCAGGCUUCCGAAGGCCGAGGUAAUGCUGACCCCCUCGGGCAUCUCCAAUCACCAUCUGGAGUUCAGGGUGCUGCCAGGCAAGAGCCUAGGCAUCCGGGACCUCUCGUCCAACGGCACGGGCCUGGCGCCGCCCGGCGGCGAGGUGGAGCGCAUGCAGAAGGGCGUCGACGUGCCCGUGCAGGACGGGUGCCGCGUGGUACUGCCGAUGCGGCUCGGGAAGUCCGCGGUGGCGGUCGAGGGCGACCUGCGGGCGACCUUCUCCGUGCACCUGGGCGCGGGGCCCGCCAAGGCAUAA